UCGACCUUCAGUCUUGUUACUUCACAUGACAACGAGGGAUAGUAAAAUAACGUACUUAAUGGACGAAUGCUACAGCUAGAAACCUUACAACAUGCCACCGCGCUCGAAAGCCACGUCUCUCCUCCGGCGCCUCCGCAACCCUACCACCAGUUCGCGCUCUGCACAAUGCGCAUUCAGCUCACCUAGACGGAGUUUCUCUUCACCCUCAAACCCAAACCCGACCGACACCACAUACACAAGCGUCUCUCCCGAAGAGGUAUCCCACUUCAAUGCCCUCGCAUCCUCAUGGUGGGAUCCGCAAGGACCCUCCCGCAUCCUCCACCUCAUGAACCCUCUCCGCCACGACUUCAUCCGCACCUGUCGCUCCUCCGUUCCCAACGACCCUCCCCCACCAUCCACCGGCCUCAAAUACCUCGACAUCGGCUGCGGCGGCGGCAUAUUCGCCGAGUCCGCCGCGCGCCUCCCCACAACCGCCUCCGUCACAGCCGUAGACCCCAGCCCCGAGGUCCUCUCCAUCGCCAAAGCGCACGCGAAGCGGGACCCCGCGCUGCGGUCGAAGCUCGUAUACAUAAACACCCCCAUCGAGCUCCUCCCCGCCCCCAAAACACCGGAAGAUGGAUACGACGUGGUAUCGAUAUUCGAAGUCAUAGAACACGUAGAGAACCCAGCGCAGUUCCUCGACCGGUGCACGCCGUUCGUGAAGCCGGGCGGGUGGCUUGUGCUUAGCACGAUUGCGCGGACGUGGAUGAGUUGGUUCACGACGAAUCUCGUCGCGGAGGAUUUGCUGCGGAUAGUGCCGAGGGGGACGCAUGAUUGGCGGAAGUAUAUUAAUGAGGGGGAGUUGAGGAAUCAUUUCCUUCUGAAGAGGACGGAGUGGACGGAGCCGAGGUGUAUGGGUGUGGUUUAUGUCCCGGGGCUGGGCUGGAGGGAGGUGCGUGGUAGUGAGAAGGUUGGGAAUUACUUCUUUGGUGUGAGGAGGGUGGCUGAAGCGACGUGAUGAGUCUACGUAAAAAUGAAAUGUAUUAUAAUGAGACACGGCCGAUGUUUUCUCUGUAAUUGGAAAAGCUUCAGUCCAUUAGCUUGUUAUCACCAAUCAUCAAUACCCUUAAGGUGGGAAGUCCACUGGUGGGAGUCGAGACUUAAGA